GCUGGAGAUCCAGGAGAGUCAGUGGUGUAACUCAGUCAGUCUGAAGGCCUGCGAAUGAGGAUCCAGGCCAGCAGGAGAAGAUUGAUACCCCAGCUCAAGCAGUUAGUAUAACCUUAACUGAGAAAGAAGACUAGAAGAAGAGGGAAAAAAGAAGGAAUGGCUCUUUUCCAGAGACGGCUGACAUUCAGGGAUGUGGCCAUAGAAUUCUCUCAGGAGGAGUGGGAGUGCCUGGACCCCGCUCAGAGGGCCUUGUACAGGGACGUGAUGUUGGAGAACUACAGGAACCUGGUCUCCUUGGGUGAGGAUAACUUCCCUCCAGAAGUCGGAAGUACUUCUGCUGGAUUUGCAAUCAAGGAAUUAUCACCAACAGAGGACAUUAAUAAAGGCGAAUUUUAUCACUUAGUGUUAUUGGAGAGAAAUGAAAGUCAUGGCAUCAAGGAUUUUGAUCUCGAGGAAGUCUGGGAAGAUAUGCAUGAGUUUGAAAGUCAGUGGCAAUGUGAUGCAAGAAAUUACAAAGAAGUGCCUUUGACCCAUGACAAAAAUCUCACUUGGAGAAAAGAUCAACAACUUAAUCAGUCCUCAGUUACUCUUCCUGAAAAGCAGGGUGUUUCUGUGAGAAACAAUACGAACCAGCAUUUCAUGCAUGAUGAGCCAUUUAUAAGGAAUUUAUUAAAAAUGGACAAUAACAGAAGUGGUGCUGGAAACCAGUACAUAAACUUCUUGGAAAAUAGAAUUGGAUUAAUUUCUCAGGCACAUCUGCCCAAACUGCAGACAUUUCAUAGUGAGGAGAAAAUGUAUGAAUGUAAUCCAACUGAGAAGUCUGUCGGCAAUGGUUCCUCAGUCUCACCACUUGAAAGAAUUCCUCCCAGUACCAAAAACAUUUGGAAUAAAUCUAGGAAGAUUUCUAAAUAUCCUUUGUUACCUGCACAAGCCAGGAGAGCAUACACUAGAGGAAAAUCUUACAAAUGUAAUGAAUGUGGGAAGGCUUUUAGCAAAAUCUCAAACCUCAUGAGUCAUGAGAUAAUUCAUUCUGGACAGAGACCUUAUAAAUGUAAUGACUGUGGCAAAGCCUUUUCUGAGCGCUCACGUCUUAUUCGACAUAUGAAAAUCCAUACUGGAGAGAAACCUUACAAAUGUAAUGAAUGUGUCAAAUCCUUUAACAGGGUUUCGAGCCUCACCAGACAUCAGAGAGUCCAUACAGGAGAGAAACCAUAUAAAUGUAACAUAUGUGGCAAGGUCUGUAGUCAAAAUUCAAACCUUGCAAAUCAUCAGAAAGUGCAUACUGGAGAGAAACCUUACAAAUGUAAUGAAUGUGGGAAGGCAUUUAUCCAUCGUUCACAACUUUGGAGUCAUGAGAGAGUGCAUACUGGUGAGAAACCUUACAAAUGUAAUGAAUGCAGCAAAGCCUUUUCUGAGCGUUCAAAUCUUACUCAACACAAGAAAAUCCAUACUGGAGAGAAACCUUACAAAUGUAAUGAGUGUGGCAAAGCUUUUAAACAGUGCUCACAUCUCAUUAGACAUCAGAACACACAUCGUGGAGAGAAACCACACAAAUGUGAUGUAUGUGGCAAGGCUUUUAUCCAAAGUUCUAGCCUUAUAGAACAUCAGAGGAUUCAUACAGGAGAAAAACCGUAUAAAUGUAGUGAAUGUGAUAAGGCUUUUAUCAGACGUUCACACCUCUUGGGUCAUGAGAGAACUCAUACUGGAGAGAAACCUUACAAAUGUAGUGAGUGUGGCAAAGCCUUUGCUGAGCGCUCAAAUCUUACUCAACAUAAAAAAAUACAUACUGGAGAGAAACCUUACAAAUGUAAUGAGUGUGGCAAAGCUUUUACCCAAUUUGCAAAGCUUAGUAGGCAUCGGAAAAUGCACACUGGAGAGAAGCCACACAAAUGUAAUGUGUGUGACAAGGCUUUUACCCGAAAUUCAAGCCUUGUGGAACAUCAGCGAAUUCAUACAGGAGAAAAACCUUGUAAACGUAAUAAAUAUGCUAAGGUUUUCACCAAACGUUCAGACCUUUAGAGUCAUGAGAGAACUUAUACUGGAGAGAAACCAAAUGGAUUGAGUGGCAAAGCCUUUAGGGAGCAUUCACAUCUUAUUCAGCCUAAGAAAAUCCAUAUUGGAGAGAAACCUUAUAAAUGUAAUGAGUGUGGCAAAGCUUUUACUCGAUUUGCAAAACUUACUAGGCAUCAGAAAAUACACUGUGAAAAUAAAGUAUAAACCUAA